AUGCUUCAUAGACGUAUGAAGAAUUUAAGAACAUUCUUAGAGACCAACUCAAUCCCCAUUAAUAUAACGGGACAGGAUGAAAUAGCAUUGGAGUUCACGCCGCAAAUGAUCAACAUAUUUUUAGAGCUAUAUCCAUCACUAGUGCUGAUAUCAAGUUCAGCGAUUAUUGUGGAAACGAUCAUGUACGAAGUAGAUCGAAUUAAGGAGACGCUCACUACACAAAUACUUAGAUGUUCAGACGAGGGUCUCCGGUUCGAGCUGCAGACGGCGCUGCAGUACGUGCGCCUGCGUCCGUUCCGAUACACGCUCUGCCGCGCGGUGCCGCUCGACAUCAACCUGCUGUUCACCACCGCCGCACUUUGCAUUACUUAUGUCAUUGUAGCUUUGCAGUUGACGCAUUUUUCAGCUUAUUGA